CAAAGAGUCUAUGAGUAUAACCAUUCAAUUAAACAUGGCUGCCAAACUUUUAAUUAUCUUUGUGCUUGCAGCAUUUGUGUCGCAAGGGAUUUGCGUCACCGAAAUCACUCUUGACGAUGAAACCACUACUUUCAUCACCAACCCUCUCAUCGCCAAGACUAUUACCAUACCAAAACUCUUCCUCGACGUUUUAGAAGCGUGUUACGUCGUCAUGCCCAACGGAAUAAUGUAUGAGUUCUACCCUAACAACAACAUCGUUGAGGAUCCCAUUUUCGUCCUCCAAGCCGUCGCUCCUUUCAACUCUUGCGGUUUAGGCUUCCGCAACGCGCCAGUCUCCUUCAGUGGCACCUACGAACUCUUCUCUCUUGUCAAACAUACUGCCGAUGGUAGCCAGAGUUUGACAAGAAAGAAGUUCCAUAUCACUUUCAUUGAGAGCGAAGUUGUUUUCCCUAAUAAUGAGGUAGUACAAACAGCUUAAUUCGUUACGAAUUUCUCGAGGAAUUCAAUAAAUUUAUUUCAACUUUUCUUUUUGAAAUAAACGUUUUAACAGGUA